ACGGGCCACCCGUUUCCAUGGUUACAACGAAAGUGUAUCCACGUGCGUAUAUUAACUGACGUAGGCAGCAUUGUGAAUUGCUAUCCUGUUGGCAGUGAGCUACUGCUCUUACCUGCGCCGUGUUUGAGAGGGAAGUCAAACGUUAUAGUGUCCGUGUCUAUGAAUGUAGCAGACAUGGUUUCAGCCUGAACAUUUGUAUUAAAAAUGAAGACGUACAGUAUACUGAGUUAGACUGUGCUGAGAGGGAAUAAUAACCUGAGAGCGUUACCAAGGCAGCGACGACGCACCGGACGCGGAGACAGCAAAGAGACAGAGACACAGAGGGAGUGAGAGAGACCUGUGGAAUCCUUACUGGUGAAAUAUUUCACUCUGACGUUAUGAAAUUAGGUCCAGAGAGGCUGCGCACGCACACAUGUAGCUUUGCUGACUUUUGGUGGAGUUAAAUCACCCGCAGACUCGCUGCUGACUCGUCGAUGAAGACCCUCUUAGAUUCUGGACAGGUGACAUCUACAAACUGCCCAAUGGAGAAAUAUGAAAAGUUGGCCAAAAUUGGCGAGGGUUCCUAUGGCGUGGUGUUCAAGUGCAGACACAGAGACACUGGCCAGAUAGUAGCCAUCAAGAAGUUUGUGGAAUCUGAAGAUGACCCUGUCAUUAAGAAGAUUGCAUUGCGAGAAAUACGUAUGCUGAAGCUGAAACACGUGAAUCUGGUCAACCUUCUAGAGGUCUUCAGGAGGAAAAGACGGCUCCACUUGGUGUUUGAGUUCUGCGAGCAGACAGUCCUCAAUGAGCUGGACAAACACCCCCGAGGGGUACCCGAGGCUCAGCUGAAAAGUAUAGUGUGGCAGACGCUGCAGGCUGUCAACUUUUGCCACAAGCACAAUUGCAUACACCGUGAUGUGAAGCCAGAAAACAUCCUCCUCACCAAAACCGGAGUCAUCAAGCUCUGCGACUUCGGUUUUGCCCGCAUUCUGACUGGACCAGAGGAUGACUACACAGACUACGUAGCGACCCGCUGGUACCGCGCUCCUGAGCUGCUGGUCGGGGAUACUCAGUACGGGCCUCCUGUGGACAUGUGGGCUCUGGGAUGCGUCUUCGCUGAGCUGCUUCAUGGGAAUCCGCUCUGGCCUGGGAAGUCUGACGUUGACCAGCUCUACCUCAUCCGAAAAACUCUCGGUGACCUGAUCCCUCGUCACCAGCAGAUCUUCCGCUCCAACGUUUUCUUCAGUGGAGUCAGUAUUCCUGAACCUGACACGACGGAGCCUUUGGAAAAGCGCUUCCAUGGCGUGUCUCUGCAUGCCCUCCAGGUUAUGAAGUCAUGCCUGGUGAUGGACCCCUCUCUCCGGCUGUCCUGUGAGGAGCUGCUGGAGUUGCCUUACUUCCAGGAAGAAGGAGGAGCCAACUGGGGCCGUGAGGGUGAGCGCCCCGGAAGACGACAUGACAAAGGCUCCCGACGCCGACAGCCAGGGGCUCAGUACCUGCCUCAGCUACCAAACAGCAACAUCUCACCAGCACCGGAUGUUAAGAAACAGGUCAAGCAUAAAUAUCACCUGCCCAACAUUUAACAAAGUAACAAGUUUGUGGCUGAGCAGAGAGAGAUGGACAAGUGCGAUACUUUGUGCAAUCAUUUGAAUACAGUCCAGUUUGAGGACACAUAUUUUUUUGUGUGACAGUGAAGAA